AUGUCCAUCCGCAUAGCCCUCGACAACCAACCCGAGUUCUACACCAAUCUCGACCAUGUCGCCGGCCGCAUUGUCGUUGCCCUCCACCGCGCCGAGCAGGUCGGCAGCAUUGUCGUCAAGCUCGAGGGCGAGUCCGUCACCGCCCUCAAGGUCCCCGACCCCUACAACGAUGGCACCGGCCGUCCACCCGGCCCCAUGCCCGGCCCGCCUGGCAGCAUCGUCAGCGAAAACCACAAGAUCCUCUACAAGGUGCAGCAGGUCUUCCCCGACGAGUACCACUCCAGCUCCAGCAACCCCUACGGCGCGUUCCCCCUCCAGCCCGGCGAGCACGAGUUCCCCUUCAAGUUCAAGCUGCCCAUCAACAACGCCUGCAGCGACCCCAUGGCCAUGUCCCGCAUCGGCGGGCUUGCCGGUGUAGGCGGCUUCGGUUCCGGCGGCGGUCUGUUUGGCAUGGGUGGCGUGCGCGUCAUGGACGGGAGCAAGCAAUUAUAUCUGCAGCACGUCACCCGCACCCUGCCGCCGUCCCUCACCGGCUAUCCCAACGAGGCCGAGAUCCGCUACUACAUCAAGGUCACUGUCCAGCGCCCUGGCUUCCUCAAGGAGAACUGGCGCUUCCAGAUAGGAUUCAAGUUCCUACCCAUUGAGCCGCCGCGCCCGGCUGUCAACGGCCAGGAAGCCUUUGCCCGGCGGCCGUUUGCGUUUCGAGCCCCCGCGGGGACGCAGCCGGAAAAGAAGCGGAGCACCUUCUUCAACAGGAAGUCGGACAAGGCCGGCGAGGCGUCGGAUACCGGCAGCAACGGCGCGCAGGGAGACGAUGCAGGUCAAGCGCCCGCGCCCUCCAUUGAAAUGUCGGCACGGCUGCCACAUCCGCCCGUCCUCACGUGCAACCAAUCGGUACCCCUGCGCCUCAUCGCCAAGAAGCUCGUCAACAGUCCCGAGCAGGUGUACCUCGUCUCCUUUCAGAUGGACCUCAUCGGCAUCACCGAGGUCCGCUCACACAACAUCUACGACAGGAAGGUCAACCGCUGGGUCGUCGUCUCUGGUACAGACCUCAGCAUCCCGCUCACGUCCUCGCCACAGGACCCCGUCGGCCAUGAAGUCGUCAUCCCGAACGAGCUAUGGAAGAACAGACCCCUUCCAAACACCGUCGCACCCUCCUUUGUGGCAUGUAACUUGCAUCGGCGAUAUGAGCUGGAACUCAAGAUAGGAAUUGCCUGGGGAAAGCCCAAGUCGGGCAUGAUGCUAAACUCUCAGCCGCAAACCAUCUUCCUCCCCCUACACUUCGCCCAGUUGGAGGUCUACUCUGGCAUCACGCCGCCCCCGGAGCUGCUGCAGGCCGCCAAGAACACGAAGCCUGGGCGCGUGCAGCUUCCCCCACGCCUCCCACCGCGGACAGGAUCUGUCUCGGGACCAAGCGCGCCCGCAGCGUCCCGACCACCGCAAUCUCAACAGCCUCAAGCCCAGGCGCCACCGCCCAUGCCCCCGCACCCGCAACAAGAUCCCCUGUACCCGCCGCAACUCGCCCCCGGUCAGGUGGUGCCGCCAUAUGACGACGCGCCGCCGAGCUACGACGAGGCGAUCGCAGAGAAUCUUGCAGGGCCGUUUGACGGGCUGCAAUCUCGGCCAGCGUACAGCGGCGUUACGAACGAGAACGCCCCAAGCCAGGUCCCCCAAAAGAACUAA